CACCAGGUCUGUUCUACGAACAACAUCACCAUACCUUACAAGCCCUUACCUGGAUCUCUACCUAAGCCUGAUCGCGCAAUCUCAACAAAACCGACCAUAUCGAUCGAAACAGGUGAACCUGCCACCGCAACCAUGACGUCUCAAAACAUCAACAUCCUCCUCUCGUCUUUCCCUGGCCUUUCGCUCCCCUCGACCGUCUCAUUCUCCCUCCCACCGACGUCGACACUCAUCGAUCUCACCGAGAAAAUCUCAUCAUACAUCCCGGCAUCCGUCCCUCUCCGGUCUCUCAUCCUAACCACAACCAACAACAAGCAACUCAUCCCGUCCUCAGAGCGCCUCCUCUCCUAUCUCCCCAGCAACAAUGGCGAAGCCACACCCCAAUCAAAUCUCCUCCCCCUCCGCCUAUCCGUACCCACAUGCGGCGGAAAAGGUGGUUUCGGCUCCCAGCUCCGCGCAGCCGGCGGGCGCAUGUCGAGCAAGCGCAAGGGCAACCAAGGCGACGAUAACGGAUCCAGCCGCAACCUCGACGGGCGUCGGAUCCGCACCGUGAACGAAGCGAAGGCGCUAGCAGAAUACCUCGCCGUGAAACCGGAGAUGGAUAAGAAGGAGAAAGAGGAGCGCCGGCGUCGCUGGCAGGCUGUUGUGGACGCGUCCGAAAAGCGGCAGGAAGAGCUGAAGAAUGGUGGCGAGCGGCGGAAGGUUGAUGGUCAGUGGAUGGAGGAUCGGGAGGAGGUUAAUGAGCGCGCGCGAGAGGCUGUUCUGAAGGCUAUGAAGGACGGCGCUUGGACGGAUAACCUCCGGGAUACUGUUGUUGGUGGGUCGAGCACGAGCGCGAGCGCCAGUGAGGGCAGUGGUCAGGACAGUCCGCUCAGCUCUGAGGCAGAAAGCGAUGAGGAUCAAGGGAUGGCGGACGCGGGACCGUCGGAGCCUGCGCGUGGACCUGCGGCGCCGCGGAAGUUCAUUGGGUUUGAUGAGGAUGACGAGUUUAUGAGUGACUCCGAAGAGGAGGAUGCAACUGAUCCUAAGGGCAAAGGAAAGGCAAAGGCUUGAUCGAAAAGCGUUCAGUCUGUCGACUAAAUUGCUAUAUCCUUGUACUGCAUUGUUAAUAUUUGGGGUUGGAGCGUUC